GAUGCAGUAGUUGGGUGAGCUACAUAAGAGUUUAAAGGGUGGGUAAGUAGGUUCAUUCUUCAUUGGUGAAGGAGAGAGUUGUUCCAGAAAUGGGUACUUGCAAUAAGAGGCUGAUGUGGAAGAGAAGAGGAGGAAUGGAGAUGGAGAUGGAGGUGAAGACUACCCAUUACUUGGGUGAUGAUACCACUGCGAACAAGAAGACAAUGGUGGUCGUGAAGACGAAGAAGAUAACGGCGACGGCGACAGCGGCGGCAACCAAGAAGAGAACCCAAACAAAAAAGCAGUACAGUUUGGUGGCAUUCAAGGAUUUGCCUGAUUACCUGAAGGAUAAUGAGUUCAUAUUGAAUUAUUACAGAGCAAGUUGGUCUCUUAAAGAGGCCCUUUUUAGCAUAUUCCAUUGGCACAACGAGACCCUUAACGUUUGGACGCAUCUAUUAGGGUUCCUACUCUUCUUGGGGCUGACAAUCCUUAAUUUGAGGCAAGUUCCACAAGUACUCACCAGGCCUUUUCCAAUAACCACAGCAACAGUGAAGAACUUUACCGGUGAUUCCAACAACUUCAUGCUGAGAGCUAUAACACUCAAUGACGUAGAGAACCUGAGAGUAGCACAAUGGCCAUUCUUCGUCUUCUUAGGUGGUUCAAUGUUCUGCCUCCUCAGUAGCAGUAUUUGCCACCUCUUCAGUUGCCAUUCUCAACCCUUAAACCUCUUACUACUACGAAUAGAUUACGUCGGUAUCGCCGUCAUGAUCAUCUCCUCCUUCUUUCCUCCUAUUUACUAUAUCUUCCAAUGUGAUUCACAAUGGCAAUUCAUCUAUCUCACUGGGAUCACACUCAUGGGUAUCUUCACUGUAGUAACAUUGUUGUCGCCGGCGUUGUCCGCCAGCACAUUCCGGCCAUUUCGAGCAUUGCUCUUCUCCUCCAUGGUUCUAUUUGGGAUUUUUCCGGCAGCCCAUGCUAUGGUUGUGAAUUGGGACCAACCUAACCGAUUCAUUGCACUGUGUUAUGAGUUAGCCAUGGUAUUAUCUUAUGGAAUAGGCACAUUGUUCUACGUUACAAGGAUUCCUGAGAGAUGGAAACCAGGAAUGUUUGAUAUGGCCGGCCACAGUCAUCAGAUUUUUCAUGUUUUUGUGAUCUUGGGUGCCUUAUCUCAUUAUGGUGCAGCUCUUCUAUUUAUCCAAUGGCGUAAUAUUGUGGGCUGUGAUAUAGUUAAUAUGUAAGUUCUUAAUUGUGUUUACUGUAAUAUAUUAUGAUUUAUUUAUUUUAUAAGAUCAUUUUAUUAUUCAAA